CAUAACAUUGGCCCUCACUCCACACACCCCCUCCCUGCGACAAAUCCGCCUCCACUCCAUCGCCCACCUUUCCCUCCCAGGAUCAAGAACUUCCACCAUCAAGCAGUUUCUAGACUAGCUCGCCCAGGCAUCUAGACACACUAGAUCUAUGCUAUUUUUCUAGAACACCGACUGUAGAAACCCUCGUGGCACGGCGAAUACUCGCGCCAAAGGCAGUGCACGCGCCCUCCCGCCUCACUCACGCCCUGGAGCCGCGUCGUCUGGCGAAAAAAUCGCCCGUAGCAUGCGAUUUCACGCCGUACCAUCCGCCCACCCUUCCCGUCGCGACCAACCCUCCUGCUGCUUGCGCUGGCCGCUGCCCGUGCUGCCCGCUGCUCGCGCUGCUCGCUCUCGCACUGCCCGCUUCCGCUGGCCGCUGUCCCCUGCUCGCGCUACCCGCUGCCGCCCGCUGCUCGCGCUGCCCACUGCCCGCUGCUCGCCGCCCGCUUCGCGUCGCCCGCUGCUCGCCGCCCGCUGCGCGCUUCCCGCUGCUCGCCGCCCGCUGCACGCCGCACGCUGCUUGCCGCCUGCUGCCCGCCGCCCGCUGCUCGUCGCCUGCUGAUCGCCUGCUGCCUGCCCGCUCGCGCAUGCGCGCAGCCGCCGGCGCAGCAGCCGCAGCCGCAGCUGCAGCUGCAACCGCCGGCGCCGCCACCGCAGCCGCCAGGGCAGUCGCCGCCGCAGCCGCCGCCGCCGCCGCCGCCGCCGCCGCCAGAGCAGUCGCCGCCGCAGUCGCAGAUAGAGCCGCAGCCGUCACCGCAGCCUCCGUCGCAGCCACCCGCGCUGCUGCCGCCGCCGCCAGCACAGCCCCCGCCAGCGCCACCGCCCGCCCCGCAGCCGCAGCCUCCAGCGCCGCCGCUGCCAAGAGUGGGGCGUGGAAGGGAUGGUUGUUCUUUCUCCAAGCUGUGGUGCAGCCAGUCAAAAACAAGACCCCAGCACAAAUUUUGGGGCUGCGAUUCUGGCGAUAGGAAAUAGUGUGGGAGGGUAAGGGAUGAGGCUUGCUACAGAGCAAAACUCUGCUGGGUUGGUGUGAAGAGAGGAUGUUGGUAGUAGGAAAGUGGUGUACUUGUAUGGAUUGCAGCGCCACAAUGCAUUGGCCUGUCAUUAUUGAUGGUGGUGGUGUGUGCUGGCAGACACAAAGGUACCAUCAAAGAGCCAUGGUUAUACAUUU